CGGCAGCUCAAGAUCAAAACUGGCGCAGUGAAGCGGCUGAUCAAGGACAAACAGUGCUACUUGGUGGAAGCGGAGUCGCAAAGAAAGCGCAUUGCCGAGUACGAAGCGCGCAAUGCGCACGAGGCAGACGUGCGCAAGCAGCGGGAGGUGUUGACGGAGACCCUGGCGAUGGUACCGGACACGGAGCGGCGGAUCCGUGCGGCCAUGCAGGAUCUGGAGAACCUCCUU